GAUUUAGAUGUCGUUCCUGAUCUGGGUGCUCUAUUUCCUGGCAGCUUACCUGGGGUCACAUUGUCUACAAAAUCAGAGAACAAGGUUUUUAUGACCCAAAUUGAUUCUAUCUGGGAGCGAAUUCACGAGCAUUCACGUUUAUUACAAGAAGAAUCGUCUCGCUUAUCUGAAGUAGUCAUGAAUGUUCAUAGAGAGUAUACUUCUGAGAAGGAGUUCUAUGAAUCUGUGAAGAGAGAUGCUGAGCAUUUUCAGUCAAUUGACAAAGAGAAGGAGUCAAAAUUGCAUAUCUUGCAUGGAAACAUUUCAUUGUUGUUUGAAAGCUGUGCUAGUGCAAUUUCAAGACUCGGAAACUGGAAGGAACAUAUGGUUGAAAAUGCCUUGGCAUCUAGAUCUCCACAGAGGAACUUAAAUUCUCAAAAUCAAAUUGGAGGAAAUAUUUCUGUUGGCGAUGCAAGCAUCUUCAAUGUGGAAAGCAUUAGGAGCAUGUGCGACAAACUAUCACUGGUUGUGGGGGAUUCCAUAAGCAUGCAUACUAAUGAGUUGGGCAGAGUGAUGGAAGUUGGGCAGAGUGAGAUGAAGAGUACCAUAAUGAAUUUACAGAAUGAACUUCAAGAGAAGGAUAUCCAGAAAGAGAAAAUUUGCAAGGAACUUGUAGGUCAGAUAAAGGAAGCUGAAACUAAUGCAAAGAAUUAUUUACUUGAUCUUCAGCAAGCAAGGGUAAAGCUAGAUGCUUCACAGAGACAAUUGGAUGUACUGGGUGAGGAGCGCAAGUUGUUGGAACAGAGAGUGAAAGAACUCCAAGUUAAUGAAACUAAUGCCUUAGAUUUGCAGCAGAAAGUCAACUCACUGACAGAUGCACUAGCUGCAAAAGUACAAGAAUGUGAGGGGCUGAUGCAAGCCCUUGAUGAAGAGGAGACGGAAAUGGAAAACCUUGCAAACAAGAUUGUGGGGUUUGAAAAUGAGUUGCAUCAAAAGAACAAAGACUUGGAGAACCUUGAAGCGUCUCGUGCUAAAGCUUUAAAGAAGCUUUCUGUCACCGUGAGCAAGUUUGAUGAACUUCAUUAUCUCUCUGAAAAUCUCCUAUCUGAGGUUGAGAAACUCCAAUCCCAGCUGCAAGAGAAAGAUGGAGAGAUUUCUUUCCUUAGGCAAGAGGUUACUAGGUGCACUAAUGAUGCACUAGCUGUCACACAGAUGAGCAAGAAGAGUUCUGAUGAGAUUCGGGAGUUGCUUGCUUGGCUUGAUUCCUCGAUAUCUCAUGUACAGGUCAAUGAUGUAACUAUUGAUUAUUCGAAUCACCUGAUCGACGAAUAUAAAGAGGUAUUACAGAAGAAGAUUUUGGACUUGAUAUCUGAGUUGGAGAAUCUUCGUGCGACGACCCAGAACAGAGAUAUAAUGUUGCAAGAAGAGAGAAUUAAAGUGGAUGAAUUAACACAAAAAGAACAGCAUCUGAAGAACUCAUUGCGUGAAAUGGAAUCUCAACUAUUUGUGCUCCAAGGUGUUGGGGGUUCUGAUAAAGCUACAAAAUCUAGUUCAGAGAUUGUGGAGGUUGAACCAACGACAAACAAAUGGAAGUCUAGUGGGACCAUUGCUCCGCAAGUUAGAAGCUUACGGAAACCAAAUAAUGAUCAAGUUGCCAUUGCAAUAGAUAUGGAUGGCAGUAGUCCGGGGCUGGAGGAUGAUGAUGAUGAUGAUAAAGCUCACGGUUUUAAGUCGCUGACCACAUCAAAAAUUGUCCCACGAUUUACAAGACCUGUCUCAAACAUGGUUGAUGGAUUAUGGAUGUCCAUCGACCGAGCCCUAAUGAGACAACCUGCUUUACGUCUUGGUGUAAUCCUCUAUUGGGCUAUAAUGCAUGCUAUGCUUGCAACUUUUGUAGUCUGAGAACUGAACAACUGGUCUCUGAUCAUUCUAGGUCAACAUCACAGCUUCAGUUGUGACUGAGAUAAGUUUAUUAGCUUUUAUACGUAUAAUCAUCUAGGUCGCUCAUUCUUUCGUCAUUCGUGGACCAGGGAACUGUGAUUUCCUCGCUUUUACAACACGAAUCACAGAUUGCUUGGUGUUUUUCCAAUAAGAAGGGAAGUUAUUAUAUGGGAUUACAAUACAGUAGAGAUGCAGGUGAUUGAUUGUAGUGAACAGAAGAUAUUCUUCUGUUUUGUCAUGGCGAGACCGGCAAUUCGCCUUUAGUUUUGUUCAUUUUCUGUGGAAUUGUUUUUUUUUUAAUUUUAAAUAUUUGUACUGCAUCACCCAUAUAUUAUAGCUCUAGUGCCUGAUCAUCAAAAUGUUGUAUUUGACACUUUCUGGGAUUGGGAUUGGGAUUUUCCUCCCUGGUAAUGUGGUAUAUACAUAUAUCGUUUCAAAACGUUA